AUGGAAGCGCCAACACCAAUGACGUCGCCAACGCCGGUGAGACCUACCGAUCAACCCCUGACAACAUCCGCACCGCUCUUCCCAGUCUUCCUUUAUGGCGCGCGCCCACUGAGCCUCGACGCGUCUCUCAUCGCGGCGGGUCCCGUCCCAGACGAUCCGUACCAGAGCCUCUGGCGGUUCCAGCUCGCCUGCCCAACUGGAAGCAGUAGCAGCGGCAGCGGCAGCACACGCGAGGAGAAUCCCGACGACCAGUGCCUCCUGGGCGGCCUCUUCCCGGCCGAGCUGUACCACACGCAAGGGUCGAUCUAUGGCGGGACGUUCACGCCGCGCGACGCGGCCGCGACGACCUGGCGCUGCGAGCUGGGGUCGUCCGGCGGCGACGACCCGAUGAGCGGCGACUGCUCGCAUUGGGAGACGGAGGGCGCCGCGUCCACGACCAAGACCACCCUGGCGGAGUGCGAUGUGGUGCGGCAUAGCGUGCCCGUUCGCGUUACGGAUGGAGUCGCUAAAGAAACGUAUUAUUUCUUCUCCGACUGGUCCCCGUCCCGGUACAACAGCGUCCUUGUGUCGGAGCUGAGCAGCCUGGGGUGCCCGAACCCGACGAGCCUGGUCGACGUCGGGGCGGUGGCGACCUUGACUUCUUCGGGGACGGGGACGGGGACAGGGCCGGCUGUGUCUGCGACGGGCUCGACCUUGCCGAGCCGGACGACUGGGGCGAGUGUGGAUGGUACCAUGUCAACGAGUGGCGGUGCGCCCACUGGGACUACUAGUGUGAGUGCUGCGUCCAGGAGUGAGAGCGUAGGGUCGGCCGCUUUUGUCUGUGUGCUUCUGGCUUGUGCGAGUGCAGCAGGUCUUUUAGCAAUGCCUCUGUACUGA